CACAUGGCCCUAAUGGAAAUUGGACAUUUUUCACUCUUCACCACCCAAAAAGAAUGAAAGAAAGAUCGUUUGCUUGAGAAAGUAGAAAUAGGGAUAAAUUAUUGGGCCUUGUUCAGAUAUAGCUUUCCAUGAGUCGAGUUAGGAACCUUUUCAGGUUGUUUUCAGUAGCCGGAACUAGAAGAAACUUUUUCAGUAAAUCAACUUCGUUACAUUCCUCAAACUUUCAAAGUGGUCAUUCAAAUUCCAAGAAGAUUUUAUGGCUUUCGGGAACUUUUACGAUAUUGGCCUCCACCGCCUUCCUAAACCAGAGGAAAUUGUCGCUUGAAAGUCCCACUCACCCCGUUGAAGUUGCUCAAACUUCACGUGCAAAGGAGUCAGGAGAAGAUCUUUCAGACUCUUUGAAGUCACGCACACCUGCUAGUGUGGUGGAAAGUUGUUUUCAGGAUUUGCAAAAGUUGGGUCUUGGUGAAAGAAUUACGAGGGAGUUACAUGAACUAGAAACUCAUGGUUCUGAUAUUUCUUUUCAUGACAAAGUAUUACCUGACAUUGUCAUUUAUCCACAGGAUACUAACGAGGUUUCCAGUAUUUUGUCAAUCUGCAACCAAUAUCAAAUGCCUGUAGUAGCAUAUGGAGGUGCGACGAGCUUAGAAGGUCACAUUUUACCUGUGAAAGGAGGUGUCGUUUUGGACUUUAGCAACAUGAAAAGAGUCAUUCGAGUGAACCUUCAAGAUAUGGACGUUACUGUAGAACCUGGUAUUUCCUGGAACGAACUCAAUGAUUAUCUUCGACCAUACGGACUAUUCUUCCCACCUGAUCCUGGAGCUGGCGCUAGCAUUGGAGGCAUGGUUGCAACUUCUUGUGGAGGAACAAAUGCGGUGAAGUACGGGACUAUGAAGGAAAAUGUUCUUAGUUUGAAAGUUGUUCUAGCCGAUGGCAAAGUAAUUCAUACAAGACAAAGAGUCAAGAAAAGUUCUGCUGGUUAUGACUUGACACAUCUUUUUAUCGGUUCCGAAGGAACGUUGGGAAUAGUUACAGAAGCUGUCUUGAAACUGCACCCCAUACCGGAAUCUCACGGUGUAGCAAUGUGCUAUUUUGACAAAAUAGAAGAUGCUACAUCAGCCGUCAUCGAUAUUGUUCGUGCUUCUGUAGAUUGUGGCAGAAUUGAACUGAUGGAUGACUUGAUGGUAAAAGCAGUGAAUAAAUCAGAAGGUCUUCAUUUGGAGGAGAAACCUGUACUUCUGUUUGAACUGGCUGGGUCGACUCAUGCGGUGAAUGAACAAAUGGAAAAGAUUUUAAAUAUUACAAAGAAUCACAAGGGCCAAAACUUUGAAUAUGCCACAGAACCAGAGAAGCGAGAAGGACUGUGGCGAGCGAGAAAGGACGCUCUUUGGAGUGCAUACUCUCUAAGGCCUGACUGUGAGCUAUGGACUACAGAUGUUUGUGUCCCUGUUUCUAGACUGUCGGAAAUGAUUCAUUAUACCAAGGAGGACCUUCGAAAGACGAACAUUGUAGCCCCUUUAAUAGCACAUGCUGGUGAUGGGAAUUUUCACCUAGUCAUCUUAGUCAGACCAAAUGAUAAGGAGGAAAUGGAAAUGGUAAAGUCAUUUAAUGACAGACUUGUGAAACGAGCAAUUUCAAUGGAAGGCACUUGUACAGGAGAACACGGAAUUGGAGAGGGAAAAAGAGAAUAUCUUGUAACAGAACUUGGAGAAGAUGCAAUUGGACUUAUGAGAACGAUUAAAGAAGCUUUCGAUCCAAAUGGAAUACUAAACCCCGGAAAAGUAUUUAUGCCCAAGGGAAAACAAGAAAUUAGUUUUUGAAAGUUUCAUGUUUGAUUUGUUCAUAAAGA